GUGAGAGAAAGAACUAAGAACUAGAAUCAGUAAGUUUAAAAGGAAAGUGCUUUUACUCCAUAAUCACUUAUCAACACACAAUGGCUUCCUCAAAUAAUUCCAUAGCUAAAAACAACAAGAAAACAAAAAAACCACAAACCUCAACACCUACUAGUAAAAUCAAAAAGGAAAAAUCCAUACAAAAAUCCAAAGAGAAGAAGAAGAACGAAGAGAACAACAACAACAAGAAUAAUAAGAAUAAGAAGAAGCUGAAUUUCACAAAUGGAAAUUCCAAAGAAAAACAAGUCAAUGGAAAGAAACAUCAUAAGAACAACAACGACGAUGACGAAAAUGAAGAAGCAGCGAAAACGAACGUGUUUCCAAUGAGUCGAAUCAGAACGAUUUUAAAAGGAGAAAUUACCGAUUUGCGUGUUUCUCAGGAAGCUGUAUUGGCUAUUAACAAUGCUGCGGAGAAGUUUCUUGAACAAUUGGCGGAGGAAGCUUAUGUUUACUCUGUUCAGGAUCGUAAGAAAUAUCUGAGUUACAAUCAUUUAUCACGUGUUGUCAGUAAGCAAAGUAGAUACGACUUUCUGUCUGAUUUUGUUCCUGAGAAAGUGAAAGCUGAGGAUGCAUUAAGAGAGACAAACUUAAGAGGAAAUAGAGGAGGUUAGGGAAUGUAAAGUAAAAUAGUGAAGAAUCUAUGUCUGUACUUUUGUUUAAUCUGUCACAUUCUGAAAUGGAAACAUGAAUCAUGGUGAGUAAUGCACUGUUUUACAUUUCUGUAGUGUAUUUACAGCUCCCAUUCCCAUAUGGCUUGAUUGUUUUUAGUUACUGUGCAUUCUUAGUGUUC